UAAUUUUAUUACAAUACUGUAAUAACAAUUUAUUGCAAUAAGACACUUUUCUGCUUAUCAAAAAAUACCUGGAAAGAUGAAAUAUAUUCGCUUGAUUAUUUAACAGAAUUCUAUCGAAAUUUCGAUCGCGGUAUUGACGCAAGCGACUGAAUAUAGGAGCAAAUAUUUUGUUACAUUUAUAAUUAUUGGUAGAACAUAGUUUAUGAUAUAAACUCUCUCGCGUAAACUCCGGAAAACGUUGUUUACCGGCGUAAAUGUUAAUCGCACAAAUAAUUGUUGUUCAAAAAGAAGAUUUAUUUAACAGCACUCUGCUACUCUGUCGCACACGGGUGAAGCUGAUAAACGCUAAUUUUGCAUUAUUCUGUUUUGUACUUACAGCAGAUGCAUUCGAUUGUGCGGAUCGCAUUACGAAAAUUACUUGUCAGCUCGUUAUCUGAUAUACACAGAGUGUCCGCGAAAUAGUUCCUUUAACCGCUUACACAUUUCAGCUGAUCGAUAAUUCUUUGAAAAUGUCAAUCUAUGAAAAUAAAGGGCUUCUCGGAAACGAAGCCUCGGGGAGCCAAAUAAGUGCUUUAGAAUCAAAUUGCUCAAUAAAUCUCAUUUUAAUAGAUUUCCACGAUUCAAUUGAGGAUGUGAAAAUAAUGUUGAAAAUUGCAAACUCGUAAUAUUGGCUGAAAAUUGUAAGCGUGGACGAUUACUGCUUCGAAUAUUUCUCGAUUUUAAAAAAGGUCUGUCAUUGAAAAACAUUACAGCUGGACACCCCUUAUAUUUACGUGCGCAUAUAUCUACGUAUUCUCCAUAUGUGUGUGUGUGUGUGUGUGAAUUUAAUUUUACGUGGGCGAUUAGACAAUUCAAUGCCAGUACCGGCGCUCGAGUGCGCUUGUCACUUUCCGUAAAUAGGUUGCAUGUACGCAUUACAAGAUUACACGUGCUGAGCGCAUCGUGUCUCUUCCGACUUUCUACCUCUAUUCGCAUCACCGCCUUAUGUCUUUGAUCCCUAAUGAAUCAUGCACGUCGGUUGCGUAAUGUAAUGAAUUAUCCCUGUAUGCAUAUAUAAGAGAAAUUAUCCUAAAAGCUCCCGCGCAAAUAAGACUCCCACUUACGCCCGUGGAAUGCGUGCGAUUUUUCAUUAUGCUGCGUUCCAUUAUGUUCAAGUGCGCCGAUAAUAGCACGCCUCGUUUGAGAUUAUAUUUCACGCGCGAUUAUAUUGCAGCGCAUUUGCAAUAUUAUAUUUAAUUAUAUUGCAGCAUUUUUGCAUCGGAAAUUCCGAGUCUGCUGUAUGCGCGCAGCUCGCGAUUGCGAUCAUUGCGCGCGCGUAAUUAUUUAUGGAAUAAUCGAGACGCUUUUGCGGGCGAUCAUCGCGCCGAGCGUUUGUUUAUGUUCGAUCGAAAUGAAAACGCGAGCGCGGGGCGUUUGCAGAUGGUGCUUUUCUUAGAGGGUAUAGUUUACGCAUGCGACAAGUAUCAUUGAUUUACCCAGCCGCAUUGGAUUUGAUGACAGCAUACACAUGCGGAUGGUGGUUUUGUUAUUUCAGAGAGUCGCAGGCGAUGAGGUACAGGCCGCGUAAUCUGCAGGCACGUCGCAGGAGAUGGCCGCUGCGACUGGGUCUCUUCCUGAUCUACAUUCUCGUGCAGUACGUCGCCUCCGCGAAGAUCACGACAACGACGACGACGACGGUGAUGCCGUCGAGCUCCGACGGCUGGUCGUCGACCGAGUCCUUGCCCGCUUCCACCGAGGGGGAAGUGGAGGUGUCAUCGGCGGUCUCGGAGGAGCCGAGGAAGGAUAUUCAAGCCGAAAGAUCGAAAAGUGAAACGAAGGGGCAUGCAGGCGCGAAAAUCAAUCCCGCGAAGAAUGACGUGCGAGACCAGUCGAAGCAAGCCGCGAAGGAAACGACGAGGACGGAAGCGGAGACAUCUUCGACGAAGCACAGCCGAACCACCACCACGGUCACACCAGCUACUCAGGCGGCCACGACGAAGUACCCAUAUCCGACUGUGAGGCCGCGUAGAACCAAUUGUUCGGCGCCCGCCAUUGAACAGUUUCCGCGGCCGUUGAUGGGCCCGGAAGCGAGGAAAAGCGGUGGACUCAUAAUACACGUUGUAGUCGCUAUCUACACGUUCCUAGGCCUCGCCAUUGUCUGCGAUGAUUACUUCGUCUCGAGUUUGGAUAGAAUCUGCGAAGAAUUAAGAUUGUCUCCCGAUGUUGCCGGAGCCACUUUCAUGGCGGCUGGCUCUUCCGCACCCGAACUGGCGACGGUGAUCAUCGGCGUGUUCUUCGCCAAAGAUGACAUCGGAGUGAGCGGCGUUAUUGGCAGCGCCGUUUUCAAUAUAAUGUUCGUUAUAUCGAUCUGCGGCUUGUGCUCCGCGACGGCCGCCAAGUUGAACUGGUGGCCCCUCUGCCGCGAUUGUUUUUUCUACGCCGUCUCGAUUCUCGUGAUGCUCGGCACUAUCUACAACGAGUCCAUAUCCUGGAUGGAAUCGUUGUUCAUGUUGGUGAUGUACGCAGUCUACUGCGUGGCACUCUCGUUCAACGUCAAAUUGGAACGCUGGGCGAAAUCGUACAACAUUCCGUUUCUGCCGAAGGACGACGAGCCGGCCGAGGAGAGCGCCCUGGUGAGCUAUAGAUCCUUGCAAGAGGAUCGAUUGUCCUACACCGGCCCCAACUCACCGGUCACCGAGCAGAUGAAGAAUCAGGAAGGAAAUGGAAUUCAAGAAACAAGCGAGCAGCAGCAGCAACAGCAGCAGCAGCAGCAGCAGCAGCAGCCGCCGGCACCGAGGCAGCCCGAAUAUUACAAGGCGAAGGAACCCGAUCCCAACGAAGUGUCGCCCCUUGUGAUGCCAACGGACGGUAACAAAUGGAAUCUGUUCACCUGGGGUCUCGUGUAUCCCAUCCACUUCAUGUGCCGGGCGACGAUGCCGGACUGCCGGCAGGAGAAAUGGCGGAGCUGGUACCCCUUCACCUUCUGUAUAUCAAUGAUCUGGAUCAGUUUCUACAGUUACAUCAUGGUGUGGAUGAUCACGAUUAUAGGAAGCACCCUCGGCAUCCCGGACACCGUAAUGGGCUUGACUUUCGUCGCCGCUGGCGUAAGUGUGCCGGAUGCACUCUCCUCCUUGGCAGUCAUAAAGGAAGGCCUCGGUGACAUGGCGGUGAGCAAUGCUGUGGGCAGCAAUGUCUUCGAUAUUCUGGUGUGCCUCGGCCUCCCGUGGUUCAUACAGACCGCCAUGAUACAACCCGGCUCGCACGUCAACGUCACUAGCAGAGGCUUGACGUAUUCCACUGUUUCCCUCCUGUCGACGGUGGUGUUCCUGGUGGUGGCGACACACAUGAACGGCUGGAAGCUGGACCGACGAUACGGCGUGGUCCUGAUGAUUUGGUACUUGAUAUUCAUCGUGUUCGCAUCGCUCUACGAGCUCAACGUCUUCGGCCAGAUGAAUCCCCCAGUAUGCCCCAGCAAGUUCUAAUGCGACAAAACGCCUUAUUCGUUUCCGACCUUUUUGCUUUGCUCAAAACGCGGAACGAUCGUUCGGAGCAGAAGUCGUCGUCUCCGCCCGAUUGGAUCGCGGACGAUGAUGCGCGCGCGCGAUCGUAGUUUCGUCGUAAAUACUCAGCGACUUCGUUCGUUCGUACGUCCCUUCCCCCUUCUCCCUUUUGCGCAAUAAAAAGAGAGGCAACGAGAGGAGAAAAAAGCUUAGAUGGUAGCUGCAUGUCGGAAGAAGCACGAUAUUAGCUUGCUAUGGAGUCGACGCGACUGUGCUCGAGGUUUCUUAGUUUAGGAGCAACGUGCUUCAGCUUUCUUUCUUUCUGGGCUGCCGUAGAGAAUUCAGACAAUACGUGCUCGCACGUGAGUACACAGGCAUUGUAUCUCAUUGGUGCUACCGAAGGUGACCAAGUAUUUUGCUUGCUUCCGUUCGACUACGCGUCCAAUCAAUCCGGAUUUUCCACAAUCGAGUGAAAGUACGAGAAAGUUGUUAAACUUUUUCUUUCUUUUUUUUUUUUUUCAAAUAACGUAAUUGAGAAUCGAGGCGGAAGUUCUUGGACAGACAAUACAAUUAUUAAUAUUAAAGUGUAAUUACUAUUUAUCGGCGAUUGUCUGCUGAAAUCAGAAAUCGGCUUUAAAUUAAUCUCGUUGUGAAGUUUGUUACAAAAAAAAAAAAAAAAUCUUAACUCUUAGCCACAGACUUUGUUGUUGUACGUCGUCGUGCGAAACGUUUCUCGAAUCGAUGAAAGACACUACAGCCAUUUUAUACAGUGCGCAAAUGCCUGAGUACCAUGGAAGGAAUGCGUCUUGACAAUUAAUCGUUUUAUAUCCUAACAUUAGGCUAAGAGAAGCAGUAGAGAUUAUGGCUUGUUAGAAUAGAUCUUAGGAGCGUCACGUCUGCGGCUAAAUGUUAAGACUGUUAAAAGUGCUGUGCGAAUUGUUGGAAAUCGAAAUUCAAGUUCCUACGGGACUGCGUUAAGAACGUCAAGUAUCCGAUUGCGCGAGGAAUUCUUUUGGAAUUGCAAUGUUAAGCGCGAUCCUUAUACAAGUCCGAUCGUGGUUACGAUCUUUCGAAGUGUUUGUACUUUUUUUUUUAAAUAUUUCUUGUCGCGACGCGAAGGAAAAAGGAGGGGCAAAGUAAAAUUUAUCAAGACGACUGUGGCUUGAUCAUAGUUUCGACAAAUUCUCGAACGAUCAAGAAAGACGAAACUUCGCGAGAUCAAAGGAGAUCCCUUGUUAGCGUGAGUGUGAGUGUAAAAUCAUGUUUUUCAAAAAGAAAAAAAAGCUCAAAAUCUUGCUUAAAGUGUAACGAAAAUUUGCACGCGAAUUUUCUGACGCGAGAACGAAAGGAGCAAGCAAAAUUUUACUUCGCGGCCAGAAGGGAGACCGGGGUGGCAGGGGGAGGGCGAGGUUGGUUCUUCACGAGGACGAACGAGCGCUGAAAGAGACAAUAAUUAACGCAGCCUUAUCCGAUGAAAGUAUCUACAACCAGUACUAUAUAUACUGCGCGUUCCUUGAGACACCGAUUUUCGAUGUUGCAAUUUCGGUAAGAGGGGUAAACUGCACGAGCCACGAGGAAACUUAACGCGGCGUACCUCCGCUUCCGGGAUCCUUUGAUCUUUCGAGCGUACCGGGAUCGAUAACAAGCUCAUUGCGUAACGGAAUUCUCGCAGGAGAAAAGGGGGUCGCAGGGGAAUACGUCGAAUCUCUAAUGAUCAAAUACCGAUCUCGGUUCACAUCCUUACUUUGCUAGCUCUGUUAAUCCUCGAACGGGGAUUAGCAUGUUUCACUCAACCAUAUCUUUUUUAUCAACGUGGAGCAAACUAGUUAAGAUAAUUAAAAAGAACUUUUAAAAUAAUAAUUACGUGUCUAGAGUUAGGCCCAAUGCUCGAUGGAGAAAAUGGGAAUAGAAGUCAAUGUUAAAUAUUAGAAAGAGCAAUUUGGAAUUAUUUUACUUCAAACAAGGGAGCGAAAUGUAUUAAUUAUUCCUAAUUCUUAAUUGUUAAUUCGUCAUGCGUUACAUACAUUUCAUUUUCUUGUUUUCAACUAAAUAAUUCCUUAUCCUUAAUAUUUUAUAUUUGUUCCUAAUAUUUUCUCCAUUGCGGGUUGGAUUUUAGAUAUAUAAUGAGAAUAAAAAAUCAAAAAGUGGAAUAUUCGUGUUAAUUAAAAAGUGUUGAAAAAAAUUUAUUUAAAUUAUUAAACGAAUGAUGUUGGAUGUCUCAACGUGGGUAUGUUUUAACGAUUUCUAAAAUUUUCUUAUAUGUGUACAAAACUCUGCGAGCAUUCCGUCGAUGUGUAUACAGUUUGGCUGCAAUAAUCGUAGCGACAACGACGCACCGUUUCUUUAAUUGGGACGAAUUCGGGUACGCGAUCCGUAUGAGAUCGCAAGGAUCGCGCAGACGCUUUAGUGUGAUUAAAUUUAGCGUAUAUACAUAUAUAUAUAAUAUAAUAUAAUAAUGCGAAGGCUUAGAUGACUAUUUGAACGUUCAACGUGUUUGUUCAUUACGUUUAUCCGUUAUAUUGUUAGCGCGUUAGAGCGAUGAUAAUUACGCAUGUGAGCAUUAAAUACAGCGUUUGCGAUGCGUUCGGUGUCGAAAGUGAGCAAUUUCCGAUUCGAGUGAGUUAACACGAAUGUCCGCGGCAUCGAACGCGUCCACGCACGGCUUCCAGAACUUAGGAAGCGCCGAUAUGGCGUCUUACAAUUAGAAUCUUCGUUAAGCGGACCAGUCUCGCUACCGAUUUUUCGCGCGAUCAACCACAGCGCGCCGUAUCGGUCAACGCAAGAGGGGAGGGGGGGGGGGUUACAUCGAACUUCCUUUCUCAUUCGCAUGCGGAAGAAGCGAGAGCAAGAGGGCACUCGUCAGGGACGCGUUUGGGGAAUAUCGAGAAUUAUCGAUUUCGACCUUUUCGGAAGUACUCUAGCGUUCUUAGACGACGAUAGCUCACGAGAAACAUUCAUUGUUGAAAUUUCAGUCAUUUGUUAAGGGAAAUUUUCGGAUCCGAGCUUCAAAUCCGUCUCCUGGCGAAGGAGGAACGCGCGAAAUUCGCUACCUCGAGCAUCAACGAACGGAACGUGAUGGAUUUGAGUUCGUUUGGAAAUCUGCCCGGUAUAAUUUCCGGUGACUUUUUGCCGUAGCCUUUGAUCGGCUUGCACGCCGGCGAUCGUUCGGGGACCGGUGUCGUUAGAGUCAAUUUAUCUGUGGCAAUUAUUAGUAGUAUUUAAAAAGGUGCGCGGUGUGGGGCGAGGAAGCGCGUCCUCUUUUUUCGAGUACGGGCGCGCCGCGAACAUCGAUCAAUUCGAGGGUGUCCUUAAUAGCGUGUAAUCGAAGUCAAUAAUACCUUUUAGACGUCUCUUGAUUAAUUGUAAUUCCGCAAAUCGCCCGUCCUUUCAAUGUCCCAACGAUGUCCAGCGGUUCCCGAAGGAUCGCGCAGGGAAGCCACACGUUUAUUCCACACAGAGACACAGAAAACACGUACACACACAUACACACACACACACACACACACAACACGCACACCGAGUACUCUUGUACAAAACGCAGCAGGCAGAAUAACGAUAAUAAGGAUAAUAAUAUUACCGAUAAUGCUAUGUCAAACCGCGGGGUAGAGUUGGUGUAGCGGAAGUCAGACGUAAUCUUGUUGUUGAUCUACUGGGUAUAAGCGUAGAUUUUAUAUCACGACAUUUUGUGUACGUAGAUUAUAUUACCGACAUAUUACCUGAUUAAUUAAGUUUCGAAUAUAUAGCCGUCUUCUCUCUACCUGCAGUAUUAUCCCAGUCUUCGUCGCAUACGUCGAAUACGUUCGUGUACCUGUAAUCGCGAGGAGGGAGCCCCGUAAUUACGCGCGCCGGCAUCCCGGACGCUUCGUUUCCUUUGUUUCUUCUUCGUCACCUCGAUUUUCCUUGGUUUCAGCAGCCGCGCGGCCAGCAGUGGCAGCUUCGAAAGUAUAUAUCCUAAUAUAACGAGUGCGUACGCGAUUCUCCUACAUAGAUAUAUAAGGCGUAAAACUGUAUACAGUAGACGUAAAAAAAAAAAAAAAGAA